CCAGACAGCCAUACCAGGCCCAGUGGGGGCGAGGAACAUGAGGUUUCCGGGGCCAAUGAGGAGCCCGAUGUUUCAGGGGACAUUACCACACAGCAACGGAAUGCCGGGCCCUGUGGCGCUGCGGGGCCCCAUGAUUCCAGGUCCAGCAGGGAGGGCCAUGCCGGUGAGGGGGCCAAUGUUCCUUGGACAAGUCCCCCCUCGGAAUCCAGGAAUGUCAAUCCCCCCGCGGAACUCGAUGACAAUGGGACCCAUGAGGAACGGCAUCCAGAACCUGGGGAGGGGCCCGGCCAGGAUCUCGGCUCCUUUAAGAAACCCGUCGCUCCUGGCAGGCCCGGUGGGCGUGAAAAGACCCUGGAACCCGGAAAUCAACCAGCACCCCCAGCGCGGCCUCCUGUCCCCGCCCCAGAUUGGGAAGCGGCCCCGGAUGGCGCCCCCGGGCUUCCCUCUGAUGCCUACAGAGCCGCGCCUGCCAUUCCCUAUGAGGAGCCUCCCUGGUCCGGGCGGCCCCAGGCCCUUUACAGCCUGGAGGUGCUGAAGGGAGGCGCCAUCUUGUCCACCAAGAAUCUGAGCCGAGCCAGCUGGACUAUUUUCGGGCGACUCCCCGCGUGCCACGUUUCCCUGGAGCACCCCUCCGUGUCCCGCUUCCACGCCGUGCUGCAGUACCGCUCCGCCACCGGCUCCGAGCCCAACCAGGAGCGUGGAUUUUACGUCUAUGAUUUGGGAAGUACACACGGCACCUUCGUCAAUAAGCAGAGGAUUCCACCUAAAACCUACUCCCGGAUCCGGGUGGGACAUGUGAUGAAGUUUGGGGGCAGCACGCGCUUAUUUAUACUGCAGGGUCCAGAAGAGGACCAGGAGGAGGAGUCUGAGCUGACGGUGACACAGAUUAAAGAAGCACGCCUACACAGAGAGAUUCUUCAGAAGAAGAUGCUGGGAGAGGACUCUGAUGAGGACGAGCCCUCCGAGAAAGACAAGAAAGAACAGACUGGCACGGGAGAAGAGUCUGGCUGUAUGUGGGGGAUGGGUGAUGAUGCCAUCGAAGAGGAGAAUGAGGAGAAUCCCAUCGCCAUGGAAUUUCAGGAAGAACGUGAAGCUUUGUACCUCAAGAAUCCGAAGAAAGCUCUGCAAGGCUUCUUUGACCGAGAAGGGGAAGAACUGGAAUUUGAAUAUGAUGAACACGGCCCGGGGUCUUGGGUCUGCAGAGUAAAGUUACCAGCAGACGAUUCUGCUGGGAAGCAGCUGGUAGCGGAGAUCACCCAUUCUGGUAGGAAGAAGGACGCAGCCAAUCUCUGCUCUCUGGAGGCGUGCCGCAUGCUGGAAAUGAGAGGCUUACUCCGCCAGGAAGCUGUUUCACGGAAAAGAAAAUCCAAGAAGUGGGAGGACGAGGACUUCUAUGACAGCGAUGACGACACUUUCCUCGACCGCACGGGGGUAGUAGAGAAAAAGCGCCUGAACCGCAUGAAGAAGGCCGGCAAGAUUGAGGAAAAACCAGACACCCUGGAGUCCCUGACUGUUAAACUGGAGCUUGUGGAAAAGGAAAUGUUGGAGGUAGCAGCGAAGCUGAGAACAUCUCAGACAGAUAUGCCCCAGCCUUCCACGCAGGACUCUCUGGAUGCCUUCAUGACAGAGAUAAAGGCUGAGAGCUCUCUGGACAGCGUGUCCCGGAAAAAGCUUCACCUGCAAUCACUGGAGCUGAAGAAGGAGCAGCAGAGACUGAAGAGUCUGAUCAAGAUUGUCCAGCCCACCAAACUCCCCGAGCUGAAGACCAAUCCAGCGGCAGAAGACCCCAAGGCAAAGAAGCUGACCUUACCCUUGUUUGGGGCUAUGAAAGGAGGAAGCAAGUUCAAGCUCAAGACUGGCACCGUUGGGAAACCUCCACCAAAACGGACGGAUAUCCCGCCUAGCCUCCUUACCAUGAAAGACACAGAUGAGCCCGAAGAGGAGGAGGAUGAAGAUGAACAAAUGAAAGUAGAGAGUCCUGGUGAAGGCCACUCGGAAGACAGGCUGACAGUAGCUGAUGCGGCUGAGCACAGCAUGAAGACCAAUCCUGUUCCAGAAACUCGGGCUGCGAGAAGAGCAGAAGAGGUGCAGAGGGCGAGUCCCGAGAAGCAGCAGGAACCCCCAGAGCGCAGCACUAACACCCGCUCCCUGAAUGGCCCAAAAAAGCCAGCAGUCCCAGCUGAUGGAAUCCCCAAACCGGCUGCAGAAAGACAGAAGAAAAUGUACGGUCCCAGCAAGCCUCCACAAGGUGUUCUCGGCUCUCAGUACCCAGAAGAUGACCCUGAUUACUGUGUGUGGACACCUCCUACAGGACAAUCCGGCGAUGGAAAGACCCAUUUAAAUGAAAAAUACGGCUACUGA